AUGGUGUAUGUGGACACCGGCAGCAGCCUCUUCUGGAUCAACUGUAAACCAUGCGGCUUCAACCUUCGCAUGCCAGAACCUAUAUUUGACCCGAACACGUCUUCUACAUUUGCCUUCGAUAAUUGUCAUAGCAAUAUUUGUAAAGCAUCUGGUACGGUUCCAAUUUCAUGUGCAUUUGAUCUAGAUAACACCUAUAAGUGUAAAUUUGAGGUCUAUUAUGGUGAUGGUUCUUCCUGCAGUGGACGGGUGGCUAGGGAGCAGUUUGUGUUUGGUGAACAAAUUCUAAAAGGAAUUUUCUUUGGAUGUUCAUAUAAAACAAAAAACAUAGAUAGUAGUGGCAUUUUAGGACUCGCCGACCAUUCUAUUUCUCUUCUUGCACAAUUAGGAUAUAGGAGGUUUGGUUAUUGUAUAGGCAACGUAAGUGACACAUCAUAUUCCAAUCAUAAGUUGUUUCUUGGGAACUCAGUUGCCCUAUUGGGUUAUAAGACUUCAUUGGUUGUGGACACCAAGUACUAUAUUAAUUUGGAAAAAAUCAUGGUUAACGGUGAUGUAUUGGCUAUUGAUAGUAACAUAUUCAAAAAAAAGGGUAACAUCGGCGGAAUGGUGGUUGACACCGGCUCAACUUAUACCUACAUGCCACUCUUGGCGGUGAAAUCUUUCGAGAUAGCUGUGAUGAAUAUUUUUGAUGAAGAUGAAGAUGAAGAUAAGUUUACCAUAAAUAACACCUUCUCACGUGGAGGAUACAUGAAGUUGUGCUACGAUGGAGAUGUAAAGCAAGAUUUGGGAUCUUUUCCACCUGUCGAGUUAAUAUUCGAGCGUGGCGCAACUAUGGACCUAACCGCCGAUAACAUUUUUCAUCAAAUUUCCAAAUCAUCUUUUUGCUUAGGAAUCCUACCCAUUGAAAUUGUGGAUAAAGGUGCUACAAUAAGCAUUCUAGGGAACCUGAUCCAGCAACAAUUCUUCACAAGCUUUGACUUGGAUAAAAAGGAAUUUGCAUUCGAAAGAAUGGAUUGCGCAACAUGGGAUUAA